AUGGCAUAUACUACUCCAUUCCUCGACGCGGUUGCCAAACGUCGCUCAGUGUACACGCUGACGAAUACGUCGCCAGUCUCACAGACCCGCAUCACUGAGAUUGUGCAUGAGGCACUCAAGUACUGCCCUACGCCUUUCAAUGUUCGCAGCAACCGCUGCAUAAUCCUCUAUGGCGCCGAGCACACUGCACUGUGGACGCAUACCGAGGAAAUCAUGCCUUCCUGUGCUCCCAAAGAUCUAUUCAAUCUACUCGUUCCAAGAAUUGGCAUAUUCAAGAGAGCCUACGGCACCGUCCUCUUCUUCGAUGACCCAACCACAGUCUCCAAUCUGCCAGAUAUGUUCAAACCUGUCUUUAAGGAGUUCGCCAACGUUCACGAACCCGCGUCGGGAAUGCUGCAAUUUGUGGUCUGGACAGCGCUUGAAGCUGAAGGGCUUGGAUGCAACUUGCAGCAUUACCAGCCGCACAUUCUGCCGUGGAUCAGAAAGAAGUACAAUGUUCCGGAAAGCUGGACUUUGGAGGCCCAGCUCGUGUUUGGAGAAAUGACUGAGGGCCCUGGGGACGAGCCAGAGAGGACUUAUUUGGAGGAAUCUUUGAAAGUCUUUGGAGGGAACGAUGCAACAGGUUCGAGCUAG